GUUUAGAAAAGAAAGCUACAGAGCAUCACCCCUCAACACAAAAAGCAGUCAGGCAUCUGUGAACAGCACCAUGAGGUUCAUUCGUACUGUGCUUCAAGAGUGCUCUGUAACUUCAGGUCUCAGAACUUAAAGGACCUGCAUCCCAAGACCUGGGACCAGAGCUUGAAGCACAGUCAUUUACAAAAGCCCAGGCUUCUUCUCUGGAACCAAACUUCUUAAAACUGAUGCGCCUCUGCAACGACAUGCCGUAACCCAACAUGACAUCGACGACAGAUCUUUUCUUUUUCUUUUUUUCUUUUUUUUUUUUAACAAUUUCUUGACGGCGUGACCCCUCACCCUUCAUUCCCAAGAUCCUUCGCUGAAACGCAAUUUGAGCAGCCGCUCGCGAGACUUCGCUCUCUUCCUCGGCCGUCAUUGACAGAGAUAGGAAAUGUUAAGUUCCAUUGCUAAAACCGUGAAGCCCAGGCAAUGGCGAAAAGCCAGACGAGUUCGAGUCUGGCAUUUCCCAGUGGCAGAAUGAGUGUAAAAAGCAGACUGCUUAGGCUCUUCUGGACCUGAAGGCUUAGCAUUAGGGAACGCAACAUCACUGCUGCCAAGGAAAUUGAAGCAGGUGGUGGCAGAAAAGCUAUCAUCAUCUUCGUGCCUGUGCCCCAGCUGAAGUCUUUUCAGAAGAUCCAGGUGCGACUUGUACAGGAGAUGGAGAAAAAAUUCAGCGGCAAACAAGUGGUCUUCGAUGCUCAGCCGUACGUUGACUGCAGUGCACGAUGCUAUCCUCAAACUUGGUCUUCCCCAGUGAAAUUUUUGGCAAGAGGAUGCAUGUAAAACUGGAUAGCAACAGACUCAAGGUCCACCUAGACAAGAUACAACAGAAAAAUGUUGAACACAGUGUGGUCUGGUUGAAACUUUCUCUGGUGUCUACAAGAAACUCACAGGCAAAGAUGUUGUAUUCGAGUUCCAGCUGUAAAGUGCAAAAUGACUAAAUAAAUUUGUUUACAAUCUUUGUAGCUUAUUUCUUCAUUGCAGUUUCAGAUCAAAUGUUUCUGAUGUUUUGAAAGUAAAGAUGAAUGUGUUUGCUUUUCAUGAAAUAUUGGAAUAGCAAGCUCAUUCUUCAUUGAACAAUGAAAGCAGAUGGGUCUGGAACAGAUUUUUGUUUUAACUACAAGUUGUAGUCAAAAUACAUGCUACAAUAAUCCACCAACGUGGAUAUCCUGUGAGGUUGCUCGUGUGGCUCUGUCCUUGUGGCGUAAGGGAGCAGAGCACUUUUCAGUGCCAUUGACGUACAGUCCUGCUCCACGACAUUGGAGAGAAAGCCUGUCCCUGGCCUUCAGGCUGCUGAGGACAGCGUCCUGUGUAUUCCUACAUCUAUCCAGAGCCCUCGGCAAUUACUAGGGAGGUAAACGGUGAGGAAUUGCUAGGUUUUUUCCUUGACAAGGUUCUUCCACUUGCACGGUUCUAACGGCUUGCUUAGCAGCACUGGGCUUUUGUAGAAGAUUGGCUGGCUGUAACUGCUCUGAUGAACCUCUGUAAAUAAAGGCUGUGCUUGGGCAGUUGCAGUUGGCAUUCUAGAAACUGAGUAAUAGCUGAUUUCACCUGUCAAAAAAAAGUUUUAGCUUUUGUAACGUUUUCAAUAUGUUUAGCUGUGCAAUUGAUUUUCACCAGUAACUUACUCUACCACUUUUGUUGUGGAUAUUUUGUUGGUUUCACUGACUGGUGAAAUUAAUUCUGUCAUCACUUUAUGGGAAUCUAUGUAUUGUAUGGUGAAAAGAGAAUGCAUAAAGUAUAAACCCUAACUCUACAGUACAGCAAAAUUAGGUUGCAAGAAAAUUCGAUGCAAUGUCAGUGUUUUUAAGGUGUGGUUAUGACCCAAUUUAUUGUAGCACAUGUAUGCCAAUUUGUAAAAGUUAUCAGAUACAAAUACAUAAUUAAUAUCCAUAAUUUAAUCAUGAAAAACAAUUGACAAAAUCAUUUUCUGUAACGAAAGAAUUGUUUAAGUAGUCAUGGUGCAUUUCAAAACUGCAUUGACUGUUAGAAGAACCCAGAGCUAUGGGUUUACAAGAGCUAUUUUACCACAGUACCAAGCCCAGUGCCUUUUCAUAAUAUUGUACCAAAACAGAAUGGUUAAUGGUUCUCUCUAUCUAUCUAUAGAUAGAUAGAUAGAUAGAUAGAUAGAAUAUAUUAAUUGUCUUGUUUAUGGACACAAAAAACCAAUACAGCAUUCAGUUGACAAGUGGUAUAGUAUAUUUGUAGAACAAAACAAGUUCUUAGGAAGGACCACACUAAUUUUGUGAGUUUUCCUGCACCAGAACAUGGAGGUUAGGAUCCAGUAUCGGAAUCUGUUCAUGUGCACUAAGUUUACAUUUACCAGUUAAAACACAACUGAGUCAUUGCUGCCUGUAAACAUUGAUUAUAGAAAACCUUUUUUUAUUAGAUAAAUAUUUCUGUGAAGAAGUUCAUUAAAGUUAGUGAGUAUUGUUUCUUGAUGUGACCUAGAUGCAAAGAAAUGCACAGUUAAAGCUAACAUAGCAUAGUUUUAUCCUUCAGGACAAUUUCAGCGUAGGUAAGAAAAGUGAAUUUGUGCAGAAUGCACCAUGAUUUAAGCAGGACCUCAGCCCCUCUCCUUCGUUCUGUGUGGGUUCAGUCACACGGUACCUUGUGGAGGGUCUCGUGUAUGCGUCAUAAACAAAACUGGUUCUGGCUUACACUGCCUCAGAUGGUGUUAUGUUGGUGUGGCUUUUUGUUUUGUGCUAAACCUAUGUAAUCUCUUGAGUGCAUUGGUUCUUCCAGCAACGUGUAUUUAUUCCAGCAGUUAGAUGGUCGCUGUCAGUGCAAUUAAAUGCAAUCUUGCAAUCUGUCAUUUACCAGUUACUGUACCUCCUGUGAUAAUUGCUUUUUUAAAACUAGCAGUGUAUAAACAUGUAAACGUUAUAUUUUUACAUUGCUUAUAUUGCUUAUAUUGCAUUAAAACUUCUUCCCAUGUUAUCCAAUGCUGGUGUAUCAGUUACUUAAUAUUUGUAAGGGUUGGGGCAAGAAAAUGAGCCCAGUCAGAUUUAGUUUGGCUGAGUCAGACUGAAAGAACCAUUCAUGUACUUGGAUUAGCUGAGUUUCCAUGGAAAGCAUUGUGUUGCUGCAAGCAGCAGUUUGUCAAAAUGAAAAGCAAAACGGCAGUAAUAAGCAGUGCACUCUUACAGUGUGCACAAUAUCGAGGAAAGGACUGGGCUAGCACUUUACUGAAAGGUGAAUGAAAAAGUAGGUUUACUAUAAUCUCACCCUGAGCCCCAAAUUUACAGCACUGUUCUAGCAGUGAAAUAAUAUUUAAUUUGUGAUAGAGUAGGGCCUAGAUUAAAUCAAAAUGGUGGUGCAAUUGCCAAUAUAAAGUUGUGCUGCCAUACAUUGUGAUGUAAUCCCAUUCAGAUUGUUAUAGCAUGUAGGGAUGCAGUCAAUGUUGUCCUGUUUUUACUGACUUUACUGACCGUUGACAGGGAACAAGAUCUGAAUUACCUGCAUACUGUAGUAGCUGUUCUUACCAGCGAAGACAUUUACAUAAAGUUGUAAGCAUGUAUGUUUUUUAAAGGGGCCGAAUACAAAACUACUGGAGUAAGAAACGAUAUGUUCAAAAAAACAAUGAAAAAGAACAGUUGUAAACUAAUUGAUGGGUAGAUGACUUUUAUAACAUAAUCUCCAACUUUCCCACGCAAUUAUCAGCUAACAGGCCAGCUGCCGUUUCUCAGUGAGAAAGUUGUUUACUGAUAAUGUUUUGGACUGGUUUGUUUAGAAAAGAAAGCUACAGAGCAUCACCCCUCAACACAAAAAGCAGUCAGGCAUCUGUGAACAGCACCAUGAGGUUCAUUCGUACUGUGCUUCAAGAGUGCUCUGUAACUUCAGGUCUCAGAACUUAAAGGAGUCACUGAACUGCAAGCCCUCAUUAUGAGAGGAGAUCUGGUUUUACUUGUGACCCUCGUCAGCCUCUUCUGUCUGUCUGUGCUGAGAUCUGUACAUUCUCAGCACAUAGCAGAGGAGCCCUGCUCGGUACAGAUCCUAAUGCCAGGACUGAAAGGGGAUGCUGGAGAGAAAGGAGAGAAAGGAGCCCAGGGGCGACCCAGCAGAACAGGACCCCCUGGUGAAAUCGGUAAUACGGGGUUAAAGGGCCAAAAAGGUGUAAUUGGACGUCAUGGGAAAAUAGGCCCCUUUGGCGCAAAAGGUGAAAAAGGAGACAUAGGUGAUGUUGGGCCCCGCGGAUCAAAUGGAGAAGCAGGAAUACCUUGUGAAUGUGCUCCUUUAAGGAAGACGAUCGGUGAACUGGAUAUCCUGGUGGCACAUUUAACAAAUGAAUUAAAAUUCAUCAAAAAUGCACUGCCCUCCCCCGCAGCUGUCGCUGGUGUGAGAGAGUCGGACAGUAAGAUCUACAUGCUGGUCAAGGAAGAGAAACGCUACGAGGAUGCUGAAGCUUACUGCCAAGGGAGAGGAGGACAUCUGAGCAUGCCUAAGGACGAGACAGCCAAUGGGAUUGUAGCCUCUUACAUCAGCCAAGCAGGACUCAACAGGGUGUUUAUUGGUAUCAACGAUCUGGAGAAAGAGGGGCACUUUGCUUAUGUGGAUAGAUCUGCCAUGACCACCUUUAACAAGUGGCGCACUGGGGAACCUAAUAAUGCCUAUGAUGAAGAGGACUGUGCUGAAAUGGUGGCCUCUGGUGGCUGGAAUGAUGUAGCUUGUCACAUCACAAUGUAUUUUGUCUGUGAAUUUGAUAAAGACACUGUAUAACCAACAGCAAGAAAGCAGUCUUGUUGACUGUGAAUGGAAAUCGCUAUAUUAAAGGUGUGAUUAUGACAAUUCCAGAGCUGUACAUCUGGACAUGAGCAUUGCAGUCAGACUACAUGUGGGCAAAAAGUGCAGUAAAAUGUAUUCUUAUUGGAAUGUUAUACAAUUGUGAAUCGUUUUAAAGAACAUGUAUAAAUGUAAUAAUAAGAAGAUAUAUAACUGCUUUGGAUAAAAUAGCAUAACUGACUGUAUUGUUAAACAAAUAAAUGUGAUUUUAGACCAUUGUUUGGAACAUUUUUUGAUUCAAUUUGUAAUUGGGAUUGAUUCUAGCAAUUUCACAAUUAAAACCAUAAAAAGGCACCCCGACAAGAUAAUUGCCGCCUCUUGUUGAUAUUUUAAAGCGAGUUAGUAGCAGCUGCCUGACGCGUCCAUAUCUGAUUAUCUUGGCAGCUACAUUGGAAUAAACCACACCAUACUGCACCAAAAAAUGUA